AUGACUUUUCACCCCGAUCGCCUCCCGGACCUCACUGGGAGAGUGUACGUCGUCACAGGUGGCAACUCUGGAAUGCAAGUCUCCUCCCAGGGACUCUACACCGUAUCCCACCUAGCGAGACAUGGAGCUCACGUCUACAUGUGUUCACGAUCUCGCGAUAAAGGAAACAAAGCUAUUGCAGAGAUACAAAAGAAUCAUCCUUCAACCAAGAUUGACCUGUUGCAAAUCGAUCUCAUGGACCUCGGAAGUGUUGUUGCUGCCGCAAAGCAAUUCCUCUCUCUGGAAACAUCCCUCCACGGCCUUGUCAACAAUGCUGGUAUCAUGGCUACACCAUUUAAUAUCACUAAAGACGGGCAUGAAGCUCAGUGGCAGACCAAUUAUCUUUCCCACUGGGUCCUCACAGAGCAUCUGCUUCCAGUGAUGCUGGAAACAUCAAAGUCAUCACCCCCUGGCAGCGUACGUAUCGUCAACCUCUCCUCAUCUGGCCACCUAAUGGCCCCCAAGAACGGCAUCAACUUCGAUGACACAUCCCUAAAAGAGGCAAGUGUAUGGGAACGUUACGGCCAAAGCAAACUCGCCAACAUUCUCCACGCAAAAACCCUCCACAAGAAGUACGGUCCCGGCUCGCAUAACGGAGAAGGCGAGAUAUGGGUGACAUCAGUUCAUCCCGGCCUUGUAGAGACAAAUCUCUCAUCGAGUGUGGAUUCAGCUGAGACUGGGAGCUUGCGACUCAUGUCGCUGCUGAGAUGUAUGAAACUGCUCUGGACUGCCGAUCGAGGCUCGUGGAAUAGUCUUUUCUGCGCGGCCAGUCCGGAUAUGAAACCUGAACAGAGUGGAGAGUAUAUGGAGAUCUACCAUCGGCUGUUUGAGCCUUGGUGGCAGAAUAGUGCGACGAAAGAUGAGGAGUUGGCGAAGAAGUUGGAUGAAUGGACGAGGGAGACUAUGAGAAAGGAGGGAUGGAUUCAGUAG